AUGGAAAACAAAACUGGAACACAACCUCAGCAACUCCCUACUCGACAGAAUAAAAUAUUAGCCUUACAUGACGAGACAGUCGUGGAUUUUCCGCAAACACAAGCAGGAUUGCUUGGUGUAUCUGCUCCUAGUGAUAACACAAGUAAAAAUUUGUUGGAUAUUAAUUUGGAGUAUGAAGCGGUUUCAGAAACGAAUAACAAUAAAAAUGAUUUCCUUCAUCCGAUCAUUUCUAAUAAUGAGAACCUACUUCGUACCAAUUCCGAUAAGAAUUCGUCUGAUAAAACAUUUGUUGAACCGAAAAUAAACGAACUUGAUAUAAAUUGGGAUGAUAUGCUUAAUUCCGAAUUAUUUGUAAAAAUGUCCGCUGAUGGCGACACAGAUUGUAAAGAAUUACAUGAAAACUACAAUAUAAUUGAUAGGACUAUUUCUGAAGAAAAUGCCACCAUCUCGUGUAGACCUAGUGGCGUUGAAAAAGAAAAUAAACAUAAAAAUAAACGCAAAACUAUAACAAGUAAAGUAUCAGGUCCGAACGCAAAAGUACGCAAAUCCAAUAACAACGCUACGAAAAGUAAUUCAAAGCUAAUGGUUGAGAUAAAACAAAUGACCAAAAAAGAUUUUCGCAAACAAAAAUAUACAAAGACUGUCAAAAAUUGGCUUGAUAAUGUUGAAUCCCCUCGCCUCGUUUGCGGAAACGUCGACAACAACUGCAGUAACGAAAUGCCGGCCAAAGACAGUGUGCUGGAUAACGUUGAACCAAAUGCGCAUCUGACCAAAACGUGUGACACUCCAGACAAAGAAAUGGGUCCAGAUAGAACACGGCCCGUAAUGCAGAAAACGAAGAAAGUAGUUCAAGCUCAAUUGGCAAAUAAGGAUGGCAUCAUGAGGUACAGUAAACCUAACAUUACAGAGACAGGAGCUCGUAAUGAAUCCGUCACUAGACAAAGUACGUCCAAGGACACCUAUGGAAAUAAAAAAAUAAAAAAGUUUGUUGCUCCCAUUAAAUCUCAAAUUGUGGAAGAUGUCAAGAUGCAAGUUCACUCAGUAGAUGAAGAGAAUAUUGCUAAUUAUAAGGACAACCUGCUACAGACGAAGGCUUCACCCGCUGCUCAGCUUCAUUUGACCGUAGGGUGAUGUUUUGUACCCUAGGUAUAGCACUCCGGCACAUUGUAGCUAUCUAUCAGUGAAAGAAUUUUGGCAAUCCGACCAGAGCGGUUCCAAAGAUUACCUCCUACAUACAAACUUACAAUGUUUACCUCUGUAAAACAUUAGAUAGACUUUUAUUGUAAAGGAAUUUGAAACAGAGAUGCACAUAUCUAACUACAUUUGAUGUCA